CGGAGGGAGUGCUUUACCGCAGUAUCACUAGAUUUCUGCACCACUCAUCAAAACUCUGCGGCAUGCAGACAAGAGCUGGGGGGGUAGGGCAGUUACUAGGUCUGUGCUGAGUGUAUGACUGCUACCUCUUACUGUUACUAUACCUGUUUUCUGUUAUUAGGUAGGCUACAGUAGGGUUUUUACUUCAGUUUCCAUUCAUUUGUGUGUUUGAGUAGACCUGUUUACCACCCACGGUGGUACAGUAGGGCUCUCUCUCUCUCUCUCUCUCUCUCGCUCUCGCUCGCUCGCUCUCUCUGCUGUCUGGCUAAUUGUUGCAACCCGGCGCUUAUUGCAUUAGGGCGCUUUCAUUAGAGGUUUGGGGUCCGAACUUGUAUGACAAAAUGGCAAAGGAUGGGGAAAAAAGCGAGUGGAAGGACUUUAUAUGGAACCCGAGGACGAGGGAGUUCCUAGGCAGGACCGCGAGCAGCUGGGGUCUUAUUAUUCUCUUCUAUGUAGUUUUCUACAUCUUCCUGGCCGGCUUGUUUACACUCACCAUGUAUGUCAUGCUGCAGACUUUGGACGACCACAAACCGACCUGGCAAGACAGGCUCUCCACACCAGGCAUGGUGAUUAGACCCAAAUCAGAUGAGGCCUUUGAGAUUGUCUAUGACAUCAAGAAGACUGAGAGCUGGGACAUGUACACUCAGGCCCUGGACAAGUUCCUGGCACCCUACAACUCCUCCAUCCAGGCCCAGAAAAAUGAUGAGUGCACCCCAGACCAGUACUUCCUGCAGGAGGACAGCGGCGAUGUGAAGAACAACCCGAAGCGCUCCUGUCAGUUCAGCCGCAACAUUCUGGAAGAAUGCUCUGGAAUCACUGACCGUUACUAUGGAUACCAGGAGGGCAAGCCAUGCAUCAUCAUCAAGCUGAAUCGGGUGAUUGGGAUGCUGCCAGGAAAUAAUGGACAGGCUCCGUUUGUCACCUGUGGCGCAAAGAGAUACAAAGUUGGCAAAGAUGAAUGGAGAGAAGACAGUGAGAAAAUUGGAGAGUUGCUGUACUUCCCUCCAAAUGGCACUUUCAACCUUAUGUACUACCCUUACUAUGGCAAGAAAGCUCAGGUGAACUAUUCUCAGCCUUUGGUUGCCGUCAAGUUCCUUAACAUCACUGCCAAUCAAGAUGUCAACAUCGAGUGCAAGAUCAACGCCAACAACAUUCCCACUGGUAGUGAAAGAGACAAGUUUGCUGGAAGAGUGUCUUUCAAGCUGAGGAUCAACACUAAUAACUAGGUUGCCCUUUUCCUCUCCUGAAAACUACUUUCUUCAUUCUCUGCAACAUUGCACAUACACAGAAACAAAUCUCAGUAUUCACACCCUUUUUAGGAUUUGUUUACAACCCCCAAAUUUUUUUGGGCAACUGUUUGUCCAGUUGUGUGAUGAGAUGAGGCAAGAAUAAAAGGGUGAUAAUCCUGUCAUUAUUUCUGUCUGUGAGCUUUGGGACAAAUUCUUUUCUGUAAAUUAGUUUGAGGUGACAUCUAUUUAUACUGCAUGACAAACUAGGGGAUAUAAAGGAUAUGAACAUGUGUUUUCAAAGUUUGCAAGGAUCAGCAAUAUUAACACUUUAUUGCUGCUCCCCUCCUGCUGCCCCCUUACAGAGUAUCCCUCUAUAUAUGAAUAUACACAAAUUACAAUACAAAAGGUGUAAAUCUACAGUAUUUAUAUGGUAUCAUAACCCUAUAUCGGUACGUCUAUUUUGUUGCACUUAAAAGAAUAAUCCAACAGACUCGCAUAUAUCUUGGCGGAUGGAUGCAGAGAUGAAGCCAUUUUGCAUGUGUGUAUUGUCUUAAGUGUGCUAUGAGGGCAGGAGGCCCCUGUGUUCCACCUCUCUGCUAAGUGUGAAAUAAGGUUAUGUUAAACCACUGACCACCAGGAGGGACCACACUGUAAUCUACUAAACCUCACGCACAGCAAGUGUGUGCUUUGAUAACAACAAGUAAGAUAGGCAUUUCCAUAAAAAUUGGAGUUACAGUAGAGGUCAAAACCUUUAAGAGUGUGUGUGUUUGUGUGUGUGUUCGUGUGCAUGUUCCAUUCACAGGUCCCAUUUCAUACUGUAGGUCGGGAAGUUGCAUGCAAUGUGCAAUAUUCAUUACGUGGCAUACAUUAUGAAUGCUUGAGUCCAUUCUUCAGAUGAGAUGACUUUCAUUAAAUGAUAAUUAUUUUUGGAUCAUUUGAUAUUCAUACGGGUUGGUCGGCCUGAGACUAUCGUUUAAAAUACACACGAUUCAUAUUUGGGUCGCUGGGAAUGGUCAUAUCAGCACCACUGACGCCAAAUGAAUUAUGACAGGAGAAAGUACAUCAGUCAUGUUUCACCUUAGGUUGACAAAAACAUGAUUUUUUUUUUGCCCCUAAAACUCUCAGUCAGUUAGUGGCUAAACAGAAGCUUCCAGGCUCCCAAACAACCAUGUGAAUAUCAAAUGAAAACUGCUAAAAUUAUCCUCCUGCUGCACAAUGAUGUUACACUCCUUGUCACUGUGUCUAUCAUUUUAUUCCCAAAGUUAACCAACAGCCAUUUUCAUGUGUCUCAAUUUUGAAUUAAUUUAAACAUAAAUAUUUAGAGGUUGUUUUUUUUUUGCGUGUAUUGCAUCUAUUUCAUAUGUAUCAGAAAUAGAUGCCAUUGUCAUAUUUUGUAUUGAUUUAAACUGGAAGUGUGCUUUUUUUCUUUUUUGUGAAGCUGAGUUGAAUUAAUUAUUGUGCAGUUUUGGAGGAGAAGGAUAUAGAAAGUUUGUGUUUGUUCCAUUUGUUUCAUUCAUACUCAUUAUCAUCCUCUAAAAUAUUCACCCAGGAUAUCAAAAUGUAUAGUUGUUACAUAUUCUUUUAAAGGUGACUAGAGUCUUGAAUAUGUGAGUUGUUAGUGCAUCAGAGUUUUGUUAUAUAGAAAUGAACAAAACUGCAGAUUUGCUUCCUUGACCACAUAUAAAUUCAUUACAUUUUUUGUUGUUGUUGUAGUUUUCCUCACUGUUGUAUGAGUAUCAGUCUGAAGGCAAAGCCAUUGUGAUAACUAGACAACUAGUUUGAACAACCAACCUUUUGAAAAAUCAUAGAUUAGGCCUGAGUUCAGCGCUGGAGCUUUUUACUUAACAUGCAUUCAUUGUGCAGUACAGGCACACAAAAUUGUAAGAAACACCUGCAAAUAUUGGCUGGAGAAAUCUGUAGAGUCACACUUUUAAACUCACAAGGCACAUUACCUUGGCACGGCCACAAAACUGUGCCAAUGCGACUGUGAUCCUGCAAUGUCAUUGCAGCAAAUGUGGAACGCGAGCAUCUGUUCACUCACAUUAAGGUCUGGCUCGACUCCACCACUUAAUUUCUCUCAGAGCAAUGUGUUUGUCAAAUAUCUCACAACGGUCUAAAUAGGACUUCAUUAUCUGAUACAGACUUGACAAAGAAAGAAAGAAAGAAAGAAAGAAAGAAAGAAAGAAAGAAAGAAAGAAAGAAAGAAAGAAAGAAAGAAAGAAAGAAAGAAAGAAAGAAAGACAAUUAGAUCUAAUGUGAUUGUCUGAUCCAUAUUGGAGGGGUUAUUCAUAAUGAAGGAUGUGUUCUAACAGUCAUCUGAGUUAUUUUUUUGCUUUUUGAGGCAGUCCACUGACCAGUUCACAUGCAUUUCUCCUCUGGCAUUUCUGCAACACAAUUUCACUGUAAUCUCUUAAUCUGGUCGACUAAUCCAGAGCAGGCAUGCUGAAUAUCUUUACCCUACUUUGUCGCUCCUCCUCCAUGUGUCAAACGCCUGAUUCACUGUAAGCGUCUUCAAAAUGGAUAAAGCAAGGUUUAUUCAUAUCUUCAAUGCAUCCAAUCCCAUUUCCCCCUAAUCAUCAUUAAAUUUAAGACCUUUUAAAUCACAACACAGCAAAUAAAAUGCUUCAUCACCUAAUUGGACAUUCUUAUUUUACUCAUGUGCAUGUGAAGAUUUGUUCUUCAACCAAAGAUUUUCAUGACAGUUAAAAUUGUAUUUAUUUGCACUGCACUGACACAUCCUCAGCAGCAGAUCUGAGUAAGGAUCUCAUGCAGAGAUACUGUAGGAUGCAGGUGGAGGGCUAAACACCCUGUGUUAUUAAAAGGCCUACUCUUAUAUAAUAAUAAUAAUACGCACAAAAGGAACAUGUCUCACUACAACAUAACAGUGCCUCCUGGUGGACAGACAGAGUUGUUCCCCAUUGUCACAGAACGUUUUUUCCUGUUAUCUCCAUUUAUCAGUUUUUUUUUCUGUGAUAAUUUGGAGAUGUCCUCAAAAAGCAAUAUAUUUCUUUCUUGUGUGGCUGUAUGAUGUAUUUAUUGGAAAGGCUGUAACAAAAUCAGCGCAACAUGUAUCAUCAAGAGUAAUGAAGAAAAAGGAAAGAACAUACAGAUAUUGCAUUCAGGCAGUUUUGCCAGUGUGCAUUAUCAUGAUGGAACAAUAUAAAAUGUAUUGUUUUGGUCAUAAAAGAGUAUUUUUUAUUGCUAUUUUGUUGUAAAGAAGAGAGAAUGUAUAAGCUUGGAUGGUAUCAUGGUAUGGGAGCUACCUGGUCAUCAUUUAAUUCAAUGAAUGGCAAAAUGUUGACAGCUUGGUUGGAAAAGUUUUUUUUAUGUAGAAAUGUUUUUGUCAUCGUUUGAGUCCUUUAUACUUUCUUAAAUGGAGCUCGUAAAGCUUGCAAUGAAAGUUCUCUGAACACUGGGGUCUGUUGCAUCAGUCAUUAAAGGUAAAUUGAUAGUGCGGUGAAUACAAUACAGAAUGAGCAGUGCUUUCUGAGAACUUUCAAGAGCAAAACCUUCAGAAACUUUUCAGAACAAAACUACAUCAGGGCCCAACGCAAAUGUCAGAGAGAGUCAACUAUUCAUGUUUCAAAUAAGGAAUCAUUUCAACAAACUUCAUACCCCCACCUAACCCCCCUCGUCUUAAAUUGUACUAUUGCCUAAGACUGUGGUGCAAGGAUAGUUCAAGAAAGAAAUCAGUUAAAUUUGUUGAGAUACUCUCGCCCAAAAGGAUGAUAAUUCUAUUCUGGGUCUUUAUUUUUUGCUCUUACUGUAUGUAUAUUUUUGCUCAUGUUUACUGCAAACCAAGAUAGAGAAAUAAAUAAAUGUCAUUUAAGGGAA